AUGCCGCAACGGUCGUGCUCUUGGCGCAGACGGACCGCCAUCUGUUCGAGGUGGCGCAUCCGCGCCUCGACGUCUUCGACUCGCCGCGAUGCACGCGCCUCGCCACGCAGGCGUGGACGGGCCGACGCCUCGUCGCUCUCGCCGCCGCCUCGAUCGAACCCCGCAUUCGUGAUCCGGACGUCGCGGCCGUUUCAUUCGGGCUCGCACGUGACGCAGCGGCCGUUAGGAUACGACGUGGCACCGGGCGCGAUUUCGAUCCGGCUGUGCGAGGACGCGUAUCCCGGGUGGAUAUCGGCUGCUGACGUGGCUCAAGGCGCCAUCCGUCGCCUGUCCAUUAGCUCAGAGAGUGCACGGCGGGAGGCAGGCAGUGCGGGGGAGGGCGGAACGGAAAGGCGGAACGGCGGAGGAGUGGGCUGUGAAGGGGGAAGCAUCAGGGGGAAUGCGGUAAUGGAGGGGGUGAGAGAGGCCGCGGCCGCAUUCGCGGAGGCAACGCAGGCGGAGAGCAAUGUGUACCUGUGGGGCGGAGAGCAAUGUGUACCUGUGGGGCGGAGAGCAAUGUGUACCUGUGGGGCGGCACCACCGGGCCUCACUUCGACUGCAGCGGGCUCGGUGCGUGUGCCUCGCCCCUCGCCUCAUGGCGCCACCCCCACGUGCAGCGCGCAGAGCGCAGAGCGCAGCCGCCUUGUUUGCAGUGCCUGCGCUGCGAGAGCUCAGGACGUGCGGAAUGAGCGUGGCAGCGCUGCUCCUUACCCUGCAGCGAGCAUAUGCAUCUGCCGGAGUGUGGGUGCCUCGAGACGCCUUCCAGCAGGUCAGUGCUUCUGGUUCCUGUACCCCUUCAGUGCAACGCAGCUCCUUAUAGCCCUUGCGCUGCCGCACGCUGCUCAACUGCCGCACUGCCUGCUCAUCACUCCCCUCCCUGGCUGCUCUCAAACCACAAACCCCCUUCUUCUCCCCCGGACCCCUGUCACUGCUCGUAACCCCUCCCUUCUCUCACCCCCCUACCUGCUCUCACCCCUUCCUGUUCUCACUCCUCCCUGCUCUCAACCCUUCCUGUUCUCACUCAUUCCUGCUCUCACCGCCCUCACCUCUGUCUGUGACGCGUGCGUGUGUGGUGUGAGUGGCUCAAACGAGGGGGGAAUGGGAGCGAGGGGCUUGGAAGAGGAGAGGCGAGUGGAAGAGGAGAGGCGUGUGGAAGAGGAGAGGCGUGUGGAAGAGGAGAGGCGUGUGGAAGAGGAGAGGCGUGUGGAAGAGGAGAGGCGUGUGGAAGAGGAGAGGCGUGUGGAAGAGGAGAGGCGUGUGGAAGAGGAGAGGCGUGUGGAAGAGGAGAGGCGUGUGGAAGAGGAGAGGCGUGUGGAAGAGGAGAGGCGUGUGGAAGAGGAGAGGUGUGUGGAAGAGGAGCAAGAGUGGGUGAGAGCAGAGGGAGGCAGCAGGGUGUGGGGGGCGGGCGAGGGAGGGGAGUGGAAAGUGGUGAAGCGGUGGCACGGGGGCAGCAAGGAGGUGGGCAGGAAGGGAGGCAGUCCCGCGGGGGAUGGGGAGCAGUGCAGUAGGGUGGGCGGAGAGCAGGGGCGCAGGAAGGAGGGAGGGAAAGUGGUGGCAGCAAGGCACACAGCAGGCGGUGAAGGGGCGGGGGAGGAGGCAGAGGGAGGGGACGGGGCAGCAGAGUGGGGGAAGGGUGUGGAGGUGCAUGCGCGGGGCAGGGUGGCACAGCACUAUGGCGCCCAGCUCAGAGGCUUCGGGGCGCGUUCUGCACGCCCUGCCACCGUCGCUCGCUCACAUCCCUCCCCACCUCGUGCUGCCCCUUCAGCUUGUGCACACGGAGGCUUGUCAAGAGCACGGGGGACGGUAGCUACAGUGGACAUCUGCCUGGCCUGCUCUCAAUCCAACUCCAUCAUCACUCCGCUCCACCACCACGCCUCCUCUCUCUCACCGCUGCGCCUCUGCUCCCCUUGGCCACCCUCCAUCUACCACCCACACUGCACCGCACCCCCUCAUCCCCUCGUCCCCUCAUCGCCUCAACCCCUCAUCGCCUCAUCGCAGCCCACCCUGCCCGCCACCACGCCCCCUCCCCUUCUUUUUGCCGCCUCCCUUCCGCGCCCCCACACCCCCCUGCACGCCCGCUCCCCCCACACCCCCCGCCACAAGGUGUUAGUGGGCGGACGCGCCACUGCCCCGCCACCUUGA